AUGUUUGGUGGAUUACCGCCAUAAAAGCUGAAAGAAGCAGCAGAAGAAGAACAAAAUGGCGACAUCAACAACAACAGAGUCAGAGAACAAACUCCAGCUGAUUCACAAGCUCGUCCGAGCUUUUACAGACUUCCCAAAGACAGGCGUCUUAUUCAGAGACAUCUGUCCCAUCUUGAAGGACCCAGCAGCUCUGACUGCAGUCAUUGACCUGUUUGAAGAACAUGUGAGGAAGAAGCACGAGCAGGUGGAUCUGAUCAUAGGUUUAGACGCUCGUGGCUUCCUGUUUGGACCUCUGCUUGCCCAGCGGCUCGGCGUCGGCUUCGUUCUGAUCAGAAAGAAAGGCAAACUUCCAGGAGCUACUGUGUCUGUGGCGUAUGAUCUGGAGUAUGGCAAGGCAGAGGUGGAGGUCCAGGAGGAUGCUGUGGCAGAAGGACAGAAAGUUCUGCUCAUUGAUGACCUUCUAGCUACUGGAGGGACCAUGUCCGCGGCCGUGGAGCUGAUGAAGAAGCAGCAGGCCCAGGUUCUGGACUGCCUGGUGCUCAUAGAGCUCAAAGAGCUGAACGGUAGAGACAAGCUCCAACCACACGGUGUGUUUUCUCUGCUUCAGUACUGAGGAGCGAGGAAGCGACACACUACUGACGCACAUGUAACAAGUGUCAUUUGGCCAAAAUGAUACGUAGUGAUGCACGACAUGAAACAUUUCAACCGAUAAAUUCAUAUUUAAUAUAAUCUGAAUAGAAUCUGCAGUGAUGAAACACUGAUGUUUUAGUAGCUCUGGGGGGUAUUCCAGAAAGCGGGUUAUGUGAGAACUCUGAGUUUGUUAACCCUGAGAUGAGGGAAACUCUGAGUUAUCCGUUCCAGAAAGAGAGUUAACUUAAACUCUGGGUCUGUUACUGCGGUAACUUACUCUGUGAACAUAACCUGCUCGCUGGCAGGUUUACUAUACCUGUCUCCUCCCACACGAAGAAAGCAGUUAGACAUGGAUUGCCCAUUCAUUAGAAAUCCAAUCGACAUCGAAGCCGUAUUGAUUAGAAAUGCAUUACGUCGUGAGAGAAUCUUCCGACCCAGAUUAGACGUUUUGAUUAAAAAUAAAAGACAAAUUCACAUGUGA